AUGACACUCGGGAGUACUGGGGGCUCUCAGGGCCCCGCACUUUCCGCACUCCAAUUCUCACCAGCCCUCCCGCCCCUCCCCCCCGGGGCUCUGCGGGACUCGGUAAGGGGCGCGGAGAAGCCAAGGCUGUUUGCAAACAGCCGUCCUCAGCCUCCCUCCAGGAUGUACGUGCUGGGCCCGGGGUUAAGAGGCUGCGCUCGGCCCGGGCCCGGGGCCAACCUGAACGGUGCCAGUGCCUCCGCCAACACACCGGGCCGCAACGGAACCGAGGCCACGUCGCCCCCCACGCGCCUCCCGCCUCCCGGGGGACGCGGAGACGAAGGGUUGAGGGCCCAGAGCCGCGGGGUUGGGGAGGCGGCCGCAGUAGCAGGACGCCCCGUCCGCCCGGCCCGAGGGCUGCUGCCAGGGCCCUUCCCCGCGGCGGAAAGCCAGCGAGCCCGGGACCGCGUCACGCCACACUCACCUCGAGCAGGGGCCGCCGCCGCCACAGCAUGGCCGGGGGGGUCGUCCCUAAGCCGACAGCCUCCUCCGGAGGGCACCGGCGCGGCCCCAGGCGCCGCCGCGAAGCCUCCCGCUCCUGAAGGGGUUGUGGUCGCGGCUGCUACUGAGGCCCAGAGCCCGCCGAGCCUCAUCGGGCUCACGGGCCGCCGCAGCCACGCGGUUCCCGGAGGAGCGCCGCUGAAACGGGCCGGGGGCGCAAGGCUGCGGCGGGACGACGGAGGUGCUGCAGGCGGGGAUCCUCGGCGAAACCUCCAGCGUCGCCGUGGCCGCUCCUGCCGCCGGCGCCGCUGGGCCACAGCGCCCCCUGGACCCCACGCCCGGCUACGGCGCCGGGACUGCGGCGGCCGCCCGGGCACGAGCGGCAGGGAACGCGGGGGAGCGCGGCCUGGGGUUGGCGGGGGCCCGGCGCUCGCUGCGCUGCCCUCGGCCCCCGGCCAGCCUCCGACAAUGCCUCCCGGGAGGCGGAAGCCCCUCGAUCUCCCACAGACGGUGGCGGGUGCCAGCCCCACCCCCAGCCCUCAGGCCGUGAGCGCCUUUGCACCUUUUCCUUCUCUCCAGGAGGUACGUGAACGUUUCUGUCACUCGGACGUUCACCUGAGACCAGGAGAAAUUUCCUACAGAUACCAAAUCCUUCAUCCCAAACCGCCCCAAAAUUAGAA